AUGUGGGCAUCGAGCAGUCUCAUUAGCGAGAGCGGGUGCAGCGAAAGCUCGCGCGGCGUUCGGUUGGAACGCGACGUGGAGCAGCAGCGGCUGACGAUCACACACGGACGGGACGACGCGGACGCGUGCGUCGAGCUCUCGGACCAGGAGAUCGUCACGGACUUGUUAGCGACGUUGCCCAAGCUCAAAGCAGCGGUCGAAGACCACGAGAGCAAAGCGCCGAAUUGGCUGCGCAAGUCCAAGAGCGGCGACGCUGUCGAAGUGUUUGAGCUCUUGCCGACGCACGACGGCAAAGGCGACGACAUGGAUAUUGUUUACUCGGUCGUGGCGACGAUCGAGAUCGAGUGCCACUUGAACGAAGUGCUGAACGUGCUCACGAGCCACCGCACGAAUCACGACUUGGAGGCGUCGAUGCGCGCGAUCAUUCCCAACAAGAAGGUCCGGCAGGGCCAAGUGCUAUUGCAGCCGCACGCGACGACACUGGACGGCGCGCCGGCGCGGCACACGCGGGGCAAACACCGGACGUUCCGCGGUGGCAGCUCGUCCAUCCGCUUUGACAACCCGAGCAUUCCGGAACACUGCGUGGACGACAAUGACAGUGACGCCGGCGCGGCGCGCAAAGUGCUCGUGAGCGUGAGCAUGACGCGGUUCAAGUCGAAGCGCCGGCUGGACCUCCAAGGGCGGCUCCGGAACUGCCACCAGCGGCUGCAGAAGCUCUGCCUCGCGACGCUCACGCAUCAGUUUGCCGACAACCAGCGCGCGAUCCACGUGAUCAAGACGCUCCCGCGGUCGCUGCACGACCGCCUGGCGCCCGUGGAAGAGAAGCAGCAGCGCCAGUCCGUGCUGGGCAGCGGCCUGCGCGGCCUCGACCACAUCUCGGUCGGCUUUGACGUCCAGACGCGCACGGUGCACUGCGUCGGGUCGCGCGGGACGCGACAGUCCACGCGGAUCAUCGCACACGGGUACGCGGCCAUAACGCCGCCCGAGCAGUUUGGCCACUACCAGCAGACGACUGCUACGCCGUACAGUCCGUCCGAGUUGGCCCACUACCGCUCGUCCCGCAUCAACGCCGAAGCAAAGCACGUGAUCGAGCUCCUGACCACGUCGCUGCAGCAAUUCGAGCGCGUGAUCCGCCGGCGCCGCUUUGGGCUGCAGACGUUCAUCAAGAUCCGACCGGGCGAUCGCGGCGGCGGCGGCGACCGCCAGGGCUUUGAGACCUGUGAAGUGUGCAAGAAGCGUUUCUCGCUGCUCCGGCGCGAGCUCUAUUGCCAGCUGUGCGGCCACGUGUGCUGCGGCGACUGCUCGAAGCUCUACGAGGUCGAAGCUACGGUCGGCGACGUCACGAAGAAGCGCAUGUGCGUGCGCUGCAUCGCCAACGUCGACUCGUGCGUCUUCGAGGACGACGAGUUCACGACGGCGUUAGGGCCCGCCGUGGUCGAAGACGACGACGACGACGACACGUCGUACGACCACGAGAGCGACCGCGGGAGCGACUGCGGCCGCGGCCGGCGCUACGAGAACGACACGACCGCCAGCAUUGGCUCGACCGUCACGUGCUCGGAGUUCGAGAGCGGCGGCAGCCCCGACGAGCUGCUGAGCGAGCUGUACCCCGAGAGCGCGCUGCUCGAGCACUCGAUGGCGCUCCAGGCGCUUGACCGCAUGGUGAACCCGCACGCACACGCCGUGCGGCAGCAAAAGGCGCUCGAGCGGUCGCGCAUGACGCAGUCGCAGCUGAGUCCGCCGCUGCCCGUGCGGCGGGGGCAGCCGGUGCCGUCGUCGGCCCCUCCCGCUCGCGGGCAACAGGUGCAGGCGGCGGCCCACCACCUCACGCACAGCCAAUUGAGCAUCUCGCGCUUCAAAGAGUCGCAGCUGACGCAGUCGCAGCUGAGUCAGUCGCUCUCGAGCAUGCAGCAGCUCCAGCAGUCGCGUCUGACGCAGAGCCAACUGAGCCAACCGCACGCGCGCUCGCGCCUUCAGCCGUCGAGCCACUUUGCGCCCAGCAGCAGCAGUCACGUGAGUGCCUCGCGUUUCCAGCAGUCGCACCUCGACGACUCGCUCGUGGCACAGCUUCGCGCGGACGUCGAAGACCACCUCAAGCGCACGUUGCGCGCCAACUUCCACGACACGCGCGCCAAGUGCUCGGGCGCAGACGAGUCGCAGUUCUCGAUCGCGCCGGCCGAGCGCGACUACCAAUUGGAGUUCGACGGCAGUCAGACCAUGUCGCCGUCGCAUCCGCUGCCGCCAAAGCCGCUGCCGGCGCAAGAGCGGCGGCGACUGCACUACGUCAUUGGCUCGGGGGCGCUCAGUCCUGCCUACGACCGCAGUGCGCUCAACAUGCUCGCGCAGGUGGCAGCGAACCACUUGAAUUGCCCUAUUGGGUACGUCACGAUGAUCGACCAGUCGACGCAGUACGUCGUGGGGCUCUACCCGCGAAAAGCCAUUGGCACGUCGCUGCCGCGAGAGGAGUCCAUGUGCUCCUACACAGUGUACCACGAACGUCCGCUCGUGGUCAAAAACGCUCUCAACGAUAUCCGAUUCAGUCACAUGGGCUUUGUGAGCCAAACUGGGCUGCGGUUCUACGCCGGGUUCCCCAUUCGCGCUCCCGAUAGCGCCGUAGUGGCGACGAUCUGCGCGGCUGACUAUAAGCCGCACAAGUACAUUUCGGCCAAGCAGUACGUCGCCAUGGAAGCACUGGCUGACUUGGCCGGGACGCUCCUGGUCACGCCGGAUCUUGAGUUCAACACAGCAAAGCACAAGCGCCAAGCGGUUUCGAGGCAGCACGUGCGGAACCAGUAA